GGGUCUUUCCGGUCGGUGGGCAAGCGCAGAGGAAUGAUACAGAUACCAAUCGAGACGGCAGUCCGUUCAACUUACAGAGAAAUGUAAUCACAUUAAUGCUACAGCAGCUCUGGCUACAGAAUAUAUAGAGUAGCCAUGGACCCCCACCACAGUGCCCAAGAUGUCGUCCGAUGUGACCUUUGUGAGACAGCUAUAGUACAGAUGUACUGUGAUUUCUGCCACGUCAAUCUAUGCAUUGCCUGUAUAGGAAAACACGUUGCUGAUGACUAUCAAAAACACAUAGUGGUGCCAUUCCAAAGUCGAAAAUCAACCUUGAUCUAUCCAAAGUGUAGUACACAUCAAACCGAAAAAUGUCAGUUUCUUUGCAAGGAAUGUGACAUGUCUGUCUGUUCCUUGUGUAUUGAUAACCAGUUGUCCUCGGAUAAACACAAGGGUCAUACAUUUUCAAUUCUUUCUGAAAUAUACAACAAAAGAAAAGCAGACAUAACAAAAGAUUCAGAGGAGAUAGAAAACAUUAUUUCUCCAACAUAUGAAAAAAUGGCCACUGAUUUAGAAACUCAAAUAACCAACUUGGAUGGAGAAUAUGUGAAUUUCACAACAGUAGUUACAAAACAUGGAGAGGAAUGGCACAAAGAAAUUGACAAUGUCAUCAACAAAAUGAAAAAUGAAAUAGAAGAGAUGAAAACCAAACACCUGGAAAUUCUGAAGAAACAUUUGGAUGAAAUUAAGCAGAUACAGUCCCUUAUUGAGCAAUCUCUGAUUACUCUGAAGGAAAUGGAGGAAUCCAAUGAAGUGUCUGUGGCCAUGGAAUACAGAUCCCAAAACAAAGAAUUCAGAAAUCUCCCUCCCAAAGUCCGAGUCUCACUGCCUACAUUUAGUCCAAACACGAUAGACAGUGAACAGCUUUACAAGUCACUGGGAUCUUUGAUACCAUUAUCAUUCACGACAGAUGAAAAUGGCUACACACUGAAGAAAGCUGAAACCUCACCCAAAGAACUGAUGGACGUACCAGAGCUUGUCACUACAAUAAAUACUGGGUAUGAAAAUCUCCGCAGUGUUACCUGUCUGAGUGAAGAAGAAUUCUGGACAAGUGCAGUAGCCAGUGAUAUGAAAUGCUUUAAUGUUCAAAAUACAGUUAUUAAUACAAUCAAAACAAAAUCAGGGAAAUGGCCAGGUGAUAUAGCAGUGACAAGUGAUGGUGAUCUAGUGUACUCUGACUGGGCAACAAAUACUGUGAAUAAAGUGAAGAGUGGACAGAUAGAGGAGGUGAUCAGACUACAGGGCUGGAAACCCGGCCAUCUCUGUGUCACCUCCUCUGGUGAUCUCCUGGUUACCAUGUUCAGUGAUGAUCUAACACAAUCCAAAGUUGUCCGUUACUCAGGUUCCACAGAGAAACAAACAAUGCAGUAUGAUGAUGAGGGUAAGCCUCUAUAUUCAGGAAAUAGUAAAAUUAAAUACAUCAGUGAGAACAGAAACCUGGAUAUCUGUGUGGCUGACUUUGAAGCUGGUGCAGUAGUGGUGGUCAAUCAGGCUGGAAAACUCCGAUUUAGAUAUACUGGUCAUUCUUCUACUACCAAAAACAAAGCAUUCAAACCCUGCGGAAUCACAACAGACAGUCAGAAUCAGAUCCUGACAGCAGACAGUGAUAACCACUGUAUCCACAUCCUGGACCAGAAUGGACAGUUCCUCCGCUAUAUAGAUAACUGUGAUCUGGAGGACCCACUCGGUUUAUGUGUGGACAAAAGUGACAACUUGUUUGUUACUGAGUAUUAUAGUGGAAAUGUGAAGAAAAUCAAAUAUCUACAAUAAAUACUAUUGUUUAUAGCCAAGUUAGAUACUUCAACGUAUCGAGGUAAAUAGAUAAAAGUUAUUUCAUCUGCAAGGAAGCAUGGAAAAUGAAACAAAGAUUGCGAAAUCUCAAUACAUUGAGCUCCAGACUUAACUUUCUAUUCCAUCUCUAGAAAUUAUCUCGGUGACACUAAUUAAUUCUGUAAUGGAUGUUUAAUCUGUAUAAAAGCACAACAAAUCAGAAACUUCAGUGAUAGUAGAUCUUAUGUUGGUAUACUUAUUAUACUUGUUAUCCCCCCCCCCCAUCCCACACACACACACCACUGAAGUCAGAUGUAUAUCAUCCUGUCCAUCCUUUGGUAGACAUUUUAAUUUUUUUUCUUUCAUCCAUUAAUCUUGUUUAAUGGUAUUGUUCUAUUUUUCUCCAGAUUUUUAGGAAUUGUAUUAUUCCAUGUAAACCUGUUCACUUAUUUUAAGGUUUCCUUGUUUUAGUUUUAUUAGACAUGUCGAUUUAGAAUUUUUAUGAAAUAUUUUUUCUGUGUAUUCUGUCAGUACUAUCGUGUAUUAUGUAACACAGAAAGAUAAGAUGUUUGUAUGUGAUACUGACGAUUCUAAGGACAUUGACGUGUACUGACUCCAUGAGAAACUUACCAUGUUUUUCAAUUACAUUAGAUCAUGUAUUUGAAGAUCAAGAUGAAUGAAAGUGUAUAUUGCAGGGGAGAUCACCUGAAAUAUUAUAAAAGAGGUGAUCACAAUUUCCAUGAAAUAAAUCUUGUUCUCUCA